CUGGCUCACAGGGGUCCUGCUCCCUUCCCAGCCGCUCUGCGUUUGCGCAGGGACCACAGCCUGUGGUUAAUAAGCAGCCCGGCCCCCAUGGGAGGGCCCCGCCAGGUGGAUAAAGGCCCCGCCAGGCACUGCAGAGCCACCGUCCCUCCUUCCCUCGGUCUGCCCUGUGAGAGGAGUACCGGGAUCGAGGCCCAGACCAUGUCCCAGCUGGUGGAGUGUGUUCCCAACUUCUCCGAGGGGAACAAGCAGGAGGUGAUUGACGCCAUCUCCCGAGCCGUGGCGCAGACCCCGGGCUGUGUGCUGCUAGAUGUGGACGCGGGCCCCUCCACCAACCGCACCGUCUACACCUUUGUAGGGCAACCCAAGGACGUGGUGGAGGGGGCCCUCAAUGCUGCGCGGGCUGCCUUCCGGCUCAUCGACAUGAGCCAGCACAAAGGGGAGCACCCUCGGAUGGGAGCCCUGGACGUGUGCCCCUUCAUCCCGGUGAGGGGCGUCACCAUGGACGAGUGUGUGCUCUGUGCCCAGGCCUUUGGCCAGCGACUGGCGGAGGAACUGGGUGUGCCGGUGUACCUCUAUGGGGAGGCGGCGCAGACAGCCGGUCGUCGGACCCUGCCGGCCAUCCGGGCCGGGGAGUACGAGGCCCUCCCUGAGAAGCUCAAGCAGGCCGAGUGGGCGCCUGACUUUGGUCCCAGCUCCUUCGUCCCCAGCUGGGGAGCCACUGUCACAGGGGCACGGAAGUUCCUCAUUGCGUUCAACAUCAACCUGCUCAGCACCAAGGAGCAGGCCCACCGCAUCGCCCUCAACCUCCGGGAGCAAGGGCGCGGGAAGGACCAGCCAGGACGCCUGCAAAAGGUUCAGGGCAUUGGCUGGUACUUGGAUGAGAAGAACCUGGCCCAAGUGUCCACAAACCUCCUGGACUUUGAGGUCACAGCACUGCAUACGGUCUAUGAGGAGACCUGCAGAGAGGCCCAGGAGCUGAGCCUUCCGGUGGUGGGCUCACAGCUGGUGGGCUUGGUGCCUCUGAAGGCCCUUCUGGAUGCCGCUGCCUUCUACUGCAAGAAGGAGAAUCUCUUCAUCCUGGAGGAGGAGCACCGCAUCAGGCUGGUGGUGAACCGGCUGGGCCUGGACUCUCUAUCCCCUUUCAACCCUAAGGAGAGGAUCAUCGAGUACCUGGUCCCCAACAGUGGGCCUGAGCAGAGCCUGGUGAGCAAGUCUCUGUGUGCCUUCGUCCGUGAGGUGGGCGCCCGCUCGGCGGCCCCGGGGGGUGGCUCGGUGGCAGCGGCCAGUGCAGCCAUGGGUGCCGCGCUGGCCUCCAUGGCCGGCCUGAUGACCUAUGGGCGGCGCCAGUUUGAACACCUGGAUGCCACCGUGCGGCGCCUGAUCCCGCCCUUCCACGCGGCCUCUGCUGAGCUGACCGCGCUGGUGGACGCGGAUGCCCGGGCCUUCCAGGCCUACCUGGAGGCAACGAAGCUGCCCAAGGACACACCUGAGGACAGGGACAGGCGUGCGGCUGCCCUGCAGGAGGGGCUGAGGCAGGCGGUGGCCGUGCCCCUGGCGCUAGCAGAGAAGGUGGCCUCGCUGUGGCCCGCGCUGCAGGAGCUGGCACAGUGUGGAAACCUGGCCUGCCGGUCCGAUCUGCAGGUGGCGGCCAAAGCCCUGGAGACAGGCGUGUUUGGGGCAUAUUUCAAUGUGCUCAUCAACCUGAAGGAUGUCACCGACAGCGCGUUUAAGGAGCAGCCUCCUGCAGGAAGCCAAGACCCAGGCAGCGCUGGUGCUGGACCGCUUGGAGGCCCGGCAGGAGUGAGGACGCCGGAGACCUCGUGGGCUCUGCACCCCUCAGUGCCCCUCCCCCUUCCCAGAAGGGUCCAGCCUCGCCCGACAGCACAGGACAGCCUCCAGUCACCACCACUGUGGGGCCCGGGGUGGGCUGGGUGGGGCCAGGGCUCUGUUUGGGGUGGCAGAACCACCUCCCGCCAUCUCUUCUGGCUUCUAGUAAAGUCACGGCAUACCAAUAGUGUAGUGUGUUUGGGGCUGGAGUGUGUUUGGGGCUGGAAGUGUGUUUGGGGGAAGAAGGGAAAGGUCCAGCUACGUGGGCGGGGAUGGGGGGCUCAUGACAAGUGCACAUGGGGGCAGGUGGUCAGAGGAAGUGUGGGCACAGCAUGAGGUGACACACUGGUUCCAGGAUUCCAUGGAUGGGUGUGAGAUGCCACUGGGGCCUGAGCCGCAGGUCGCUGGGAGCACCCGGGGCUCACUGAACGGUGCCUGGGCUAGGUAGCCCUGGGGUCAUGCAUGGGACAGAAGUGCCCCAGAUAGUAGGGCCCCUCCAUCACAUCUCAGGGACGGGGUGUGGCCGGCGUCCGGUGCUGUGGGGGUGGCCAGGUCCAGAUGCUGGGGCGGGUGAGGAGAAAAAGGAACAGCAUGCCGGGAAUUCGUGGGGCAGGUGAUGAGUUCCCCUGACCUGGCUGGGAGGGGACAAACCAUCAGACCCGGGGGUCCCAGGAGGGCAGUUCCCCCCUCUCCCAGCCCACAGCCCCUCUACCUUCUGUUGCGUCCCCCUGCAGGAUCUAGGGAGGGGUGUCGUGGAGGUUCCCCAGGGCUUCUGUAGGAGCGCAGGCUGGGCCCAUGAGACCCUCCCGCCUGGCAGGCAGCCCCAGAUUCAGGUGUUGCCGGGUCAGGGAUGGCAGCAGUGACUGAGGGGGGUGCGAGGGGCUCUGGGUGGGAGCUCCAGGUAGAGGAAGACAGCAGGCGUGCAGCGGCCCUGGUGAGGGGUGCUGGUGAGGCUCGGCGCAGGUGGCUGCGUUCCCCAGCGGGAUGCCACCCUGGGGGCUCCGAGCCUUGACCGGGCGAGGGUGGGCUCUGCCACAGGAGGCCACGCCAUCCCCAGCUGCAGGCUGAGCUUUUCCUAGUUUCAUCUUUCAAAAGACGCAACGUGUUACGCGCUCAAAAACCGAAGCGACGCAGAGGUUGCGUGAAGCCUCGUUACCCCGUCCCUGCCAGCCCCCCAGGCCCUCUUCAGGGUUCACUGCUUCUGUGUUUCGUGCCCACGUAGCAUCUAGUGAAGCGUGAAUAUAGAUUCUCAA